UUUUAGUACAACUUGUAUUUUCAAACUUCUAAAUAAUAAAAGAGGAAAUAUUUUUCCAUAUAUAAAUGUAACGUAACUUUAUGAAACAUAAUUAAGAGUCAAGACUCAAGAGUUAAGAACAAAGCGUGCUUUGUGUCAGGAGAAAGAGCAUAGACAGAAAGAAAGUAUUGGACACCCAGAUCACACAACAUAGGUGACAUAGUUUGAGUUGGUUAAGGUUGUUUGAGGAAGUUCAAGCAGAGAUAAAAGAUCAUAACAUAUUUUGAUUUGUUUUUUGUGAUACCUCAAAGAAAAACAUGGAGUGGCCAGCAUGUACGGAUGAAUAUGAAAAGCUCUUGAUAAGGAUGAGCACACCUAGGGUUGUGAUUGACAAUGCCGUGUGCUCUACUGCUACUCUGGUCAAGGUUAUUAGUGCAAGAAGGAAUGGUAGUCUACUUAAUGCAAUACAAGUACUCAUUGAUCUUAAUCUUUUAAUUAAGAAGGCUUAUAUAUCUUCUGAUGGCAAAUGGUUCAUGGAUGUAUUUCAUGUAACUCAUCAAAACGGAAGCAAGAUAAUCGACGAGAACAUUUUAAAAUAUAUAGAACAGUCGCUUGGGAGCACUCAUAAUGUGAGAACUAAUUGCUCAAACGGUCUCACUGUGCUUGAAUUAUCAGGAACCGAUAGAGUUGGUCUUCUGUCGGAGGUGUUUGCCGUACUUGCUGAUCUUCAAUGUGAUGUUGUUGAAGCAAAGGUGUGGACUCACAAUGGUCGCAUUGCCUCUUUGAUCUAUGUUAAAGACUGCGAUUCUGGAUCCACUAUUGAGGAUUCUCAGAAAAUUAAAAAGAUUGAAGUGCGUUUAAGAAACGUUUUGAAGGGAGACAAUGACAUUAGAAGUGCAAAAACUUCUGUUUCUAUGUCUGUCAUGCAUAGUGAAAGAAGGCUGCAUCAAAUGAUGUUCGCUGAUCGUGACUACGAGAGGACUCCCAUUCUAAAGCUUACUUCCGAUAACACUUUAGUGACAGUCCAGAAUUGGGCAGAAAGGGGUUAUUCAGUUGUUAAUAUUCAAUGCAAGGAUCGAAUCAAACUAUUAUUUGACGUGGUAUGCAAUUUGACAGAUAUGGAGUACGUCGUGUUUCAUGCGACCAUCAACACAAAUAGUAACCAAGCUUACUUGGAGUUUUAUAUAAGACACAAGGAUGGCACCCCAAUUAGUUCAGAACCAGAGCGACAACGCGUAAUUCAAUGUUUAAAAGCUUCUGUGGAGAGAAGGGCAUCUGAGGGUGUUCAACUAAAGUUAUGCACAGAAGACAAGCAAGGACUUCUAGCAGAAGUGAUGCGAACCUUCCGAGAGAAUGGACUUAAUGUUACAAGAGCUGAGAUAUCCACCUUAGAAAACAUGGCUACAAAUGUUUUCUAUGUAACAGACGUGACUGGAAAACCAGCUGAUCCAACAACUAUAGAGUCUGUUAGGCAGAAGAUUGGUUCAAGCAAUUUAGAAGUGAAGGAGUUACCAUUGAUUUAUCAUCAGAAGACAGAGAGAGAGGAUCAAACAGUUGGAAUUGGUGGUGCAGUGUUAUGGUUUAUUGGGAGCCUUGUGAGAAGGAAUCUGUAUAGUUUGGGAUUAAUUAAAUCAUGUUCUUAAUGCAGAUCCUUGUGUACUAUAAUAUUCUUUGCUUAGUAUUUGGGCUUGUGUACAUAAAAAGUUUAGAAUGAUGGAUGUAAUUUGGUGAUAGUUAAUAGUGGUUCUAGUUGGUUUGGUAGGUUGUAAGAUGAAAGUAAUACAGAAUUGGUCUUGGUGGCUGAUAGACAACUUUUAGGUACAGAAUUGGACAGAACAAAUUGGGUUCAUUGUUCAUUUAGGACUUUGGUCAUGUGUACAUACAUACUUAUUUUAUGGUUAUUAAUAUCAAUUUUAUUGGUUGACUGA